AUGAUUGUGGAGAUGACACAGAUGCAAGCUGCCAAGGAACUUGUGAGUAAAAAUCUCAUUGAUGUUGCCUUGAAGAAUGUUCGGCGUCGUUUUCUUGAUCUCACCUCACGUCAGUUUGCAGCGGAUUCUUUCGAGUUUGAUACAGUCAAGUACAGAGCGAAGCGGGUUUUCGAUGACACAGUGACCGGAGGCAAAAACUCGCGAUCCAUGCUUGCUUUGCAAGCAUUCAGAGCGUUGAACCCUAAAGCGGAAACUGCAGAAAUGCACAGAAUGGCAGAACUUGCCGCUUUACUAGAAAUGAUUCAAGGCUUCUACAUAAUAAUUGACGACGUUAUGGAUGGCGCCGAAACUCGACGAGGGAAGCCAUGCUGGUAUAAAAAUGCUGACAUCGGUUUAAGCGCUGUAAAUGAUGCCCUCUUACUCGAUGUUUUUGUAGACGACAUAAUCAGGGAGUUAUAUCCAGAGCAUCCACAAGUAGAUCGUUUAUGUAGCGCUUAUCAGAAGUCGAAACGCGCAACUGUGAUCGGGCAGUUGCUUGACACUGCGUCUGUAAGGGACAUCAACGCCUUCACGUGGGACAGGUAUGAGCAAUUAGUAGCGUUCAAGACUUCACACUACACAUACUUCCAUCCCAUCGAAAUGGCCAUGCUCGUUAGUGAUCGCUUGGAUAAUCACUCAUUGUUACGACAACUUGCAUAUCGAAUAGGAUUUUUAUUUCAAUCGCAAGAUGAUGCGCUAGACGUUUUUGGAGACCCUACCCUAACUGGAAAGGUAGGCACUGACAUACAAGACGGAAAAUGCACAUGGAUCAGCGUACGAGCUGUACAGAAAUUACAAGGAAAACCAGAGUUGGACGAUUUUAGGAAGCAUUAUGGAAGUCCUGAUGAGGCAAGUGUUAAACGGAUAAAAGUUCUCAUUGAGCAGCUGAGGUUACGCGAAGAAUUUCUGAAUUUUGAAAAGCGAUACUCAGAAAAGGUCAAAACCGACAUCGAUCAAGUCCCGGAACAUUUAUCAGCUUUAAAGCCAGUUUUGUAUGAUGCUGUGAAUAGUUUGAUAGAGAGAAAGAAAUAACUUAUAGACAAUUUUGUAUGUUAAAGGUUCAGUCAAUAUUUGGUUAAUAUGCUUGUAAUAAUUAUAGUUUUUGUCAAAUCUGAUUGUAAAAUACAUGUUCUUAAGCAUUGCUCCGUUUCGCUUUAUCACUGUAGUGA